AUGGCCAAGUUCUCUCUUAGCUUGAAAGGUAACAAGGAUAAGAAGAUCAAGAGUGGCUUAAAAAAGAAGAAGAGAGUAAAUGCAUUUAAUGAUGAGGAGACCGUGGAACACAAAAGAACUAAGAUACGCCUAACGCAUGUCGAGCAAUAUAAGGAAGCAAAACCUGAAAAGCUAGUGAUACAGCUGCCGAGCAAUCCUUCUCAGUCAACGAUAACCGGCCAGUCAGAAAAUAUCCAACGCUCUAAUCUUCAUUUUGGACUCACUAAGGUUGAAGAAAGUGCUAAUGCUGCUACAUCAGACAGUUCAAAAAAAGGUAAAAGUUCAUUGAAUCCGCUAAGCCUUGUCAUCGAAGAAAUUCCAGAGGAAACUGCUCAAGAAGAGUACGAGGAGGUGCCAAUCGAGGAAUUUGGCGCAGCUUUACUAAGAGGUAUGGGGUGGAAAGAGGAAGACGAGGAUUCUACUACUAAUGAUAAAAAGAAAAAGCCUAUACUGCCGCAUCAGCAGCCAAGAGCUGAGUUAGUUGGCAUAGGCGCAACUCCAGUGGCCAACAACACAUCUAGAAAUCAACCCUUUUUGCCGAUUGUUAAGGUCGACAGGAAAAGUGGUGAAAAAAGUACAACUAAUGUAGUCAAUAAAGAUUUGCCUUGA